AUGGCUGCCGUCUUCGUGCUUCGGGGUUUGCACUGUGUGCGACCUGUGCUGCGCUGUCCGCCCGCCCAGCUGUGGUGGGCCCCAGUGCGUGGGCAUCGGCUUACGCCGGCAGACGACGAGCUGUACCAGCGGACGCGCAUCUCCCUGCUGCAACGCGAUGCACCGCACGCCAUGUACAUCGACAGCUACAACAGCCGCGGCUUCACAAUUAACGGAGACCGCGUGCUCGGGCCCUGCGCUCUGCUCCCGCACUCCGUGGUGCAAUGGAACGUAGGAUCCCACCAGGACAUCACUGAAGAGAGUUUCUCCCUUUUCUGGAUGCUGGAGCCCCCGAUAGAGAUUAUUGUGGUGGGUACAGGAGACAGAGCAGAACGGUUGCAGCCCGAGGUGCUACGAGCCAUGAGACAGAGAAGCAUUGCUGUGGAAGUGCAGGACACGCCCAAUGCCUGUGCCACCUUCAACUUCCUGUGUCAUGAAGGACGUGUGACUGGAGCUGCUCUCAUUCCCCCACCUGGAGGGGCUGCAGUCACAUCUCUGGUCCAGGCUGCAGACCAAACGAACAGGAACUGA